AUGUAAACAUUUGCCUCAAAAUCAUACUUUUAUGUUUUGUGUUUUGAAACAACUGGAAGUUGUUUCGUUUGUUUCCCGCAGAGAUAUGGCACAGCAUAAUGUUAUAAACACAUUAUGCCGGCUGUGUUUGAAGGAAUCCGAUUCAUUCGAGGAAAUUUUCGGCAGAAACGAUGGAAAUUCUCUGGUUCUGCGUAUAAUGGCCAGCGUUUCUCUGGAGGUUCACCAAAAUGAUAGCCUGUCGAAAAUCAUUUGCACCGAAUGCCGAUAUCAGCUGGAGAAGACUUACAUUUUUCGAAAUAGAGUUCGCAACAAUGAUAUCAGAUAUCGCCGUCAUGUGAAGCUGCUAGCUGCCGGCAAAUCGAGUAAUUUGUUGGAUGAUUUGGAUGAGGAUGAUGAUGAGUUCGAGCAGAGUUUGGUGUACAUUAAGACGAUCGAUGGGGCUAACGAUGUGGCGAGGCGGAAAGAAUGGGACGAUCGAGUGUCCACCAUGGAGUUGGAAUAUGAAGCUGUAAGGAAGCUUGAGAGAAGUACAAUUUAUGAAGAAGUAAAACAGGAACUUUUGACUAAGCAACAACAGAGAUUGGUGGAUGCUUGCACCAAUACGGAUGAAAUGAUAAACACUAGAAGAUGUGAGAAAAUCAAUCCAGAACGUGAGCCAAUUGUUAUUACUAUCAAUGGAAAUGGAUCUGAGGAAAUGAGUCGGGCUGAGGACGUAGAAAUAUGCCAACCAGAUGAUCCUUUGUCACUGCGGGAAUUAACGCAUGAACACCUGAAUGCGGAUGGGGAACCAGUAAUUUUGAAGAUAACAUCAAUAGCAUCAGAACAUCAGGAUACGGAAUUCCUCAGUCAUUAUGAAAAUAGUAUUGAAAAACAGGACGAAGAAAAGUAUCUUGACGAGGAAGUGUUUAUGGAAGUUGACGAUGCUGAAGAAGGAAGCACAAUAUCAGUUCUGAAUGAAGAAGUACAUCCUGGCUCUGAUGGUGAUAACGGUGACAGAAGCGGUACUCCGGCUGGAACGGAUCGUUAUUUCAUAACAGAAGUAUCUGACCCGGAAACAUUCGUGUUAGAGCAUGAACUGGAUCGUGAAGAGCAAGAUUUGUAUGGUUCGGCAGAUGAAUCGGAGGAAGAUUUGGAGGCAGUAACAAAUGCCGUUAAGGCAGAGCUGGCCGGACAGCCAGGAUUCAACAUCGGCGGGAGUUGCAUCAUGAAGGUGGAAAAGGAUAAUGAACUCACAAAGGUCGAGGUGCGCGGUAAUGAUGGAUCGGUCAUAUGCAUGGAAUUCAGCACAGAACCGAAGAAAAAGGAUGAUUCAUUGGCAGUAUUGCGUGCUAAAAUGGGCAAUAAAAUGAAAUGUGCUCGUUGUCCAACAGUUUUCAAAAGCAACAGAGAGUUGCGAGAACAUACGGAAACGGUCCACCCGACGACUUCUAAAGGACAUACAUGUGACAGAUGUGAAAAGUGGUGUCCAACGAAAAGUUCGCUGCAAAGACACUACAGAAUACAUACGGGAGAAAAGCCAUUUAUUUGUGCCGAAUGCGGGAAGUCCUUCGUUCAGAAGGAAAUACUGAAACGGCAUAUGCUCGUUCACUUGGACGAAAAACCAUAUUCCUGUGAACACUGCUCUAAGCGUUUCAAUCAAAAGGAUCAGCUGCGAAAUCACAUAAACAUUCAACACACGGAGAAUCCGGUGAUUACUAUCCACAAGUGCAAUAUGUGUGACAAACAGUUUAAGUAUGCCUCUGGGCUGAGUCGACACUUGGCGCUGCAUUACGGCCGGACGUUUGCAUGCUUUUGUGGCCGGAUAUUCACAGACAAAAGUGCACUGAAGCGACACGAAGUUGGAAUUCAUGGGAAGAACAGUAAAGAUCAAGACGCGGAUAAAUAGUGUUAAGCAGAUAUAAAAAUUAGAGGGAUUGAAAAUGUUAUUUAUUCACGAAUUGUUUUAACUGUUUGAAUAAGAUUAAAUAAAACAUGUG